CCCGGUCGAGAUACCUUCUUUCUUUCCAUUGGUAUCUUAUAGUGUCAAGAUGCUUAUUGCCCUAAUGAUCAAGACAUACAUCGCUAUCCGAGGCUGGUACGAUCCCUCGUGGCUUCGCAGAAACAGAGGUGUAAUCAAACGCUUCCCCUUCGACCUCAUCCUCAAGAUCGGCAGGGACGACGUCGCGUCUGAAGCCGCCACUGUGAACUUCAUCCGCUCAAAUACGACUAUUCCCGUCCCGCACGUCGUCGCGUCCGAUAGUGCAUUCGGAAGGUCCUACAUGCUUAUGCGGAGGGUCGAAGGGAUGCCUCUCGAAUUCGCGUGGCCCGAUCUCGAUGCCGGACAACGCGCUAACGUCGUCGAGCAGCUGCGCUCCUUUGCCGCCCAGCUGCGAACCUUGUCACCCACUCUAUCGCGGGGACACAGUGUCCACGCUGUCUGCGCUCUCAACAACGCCUCAUUUUGGGAUAGUCGCAUCUCGUCGGCACCUACUGGCCCUUUCCCCGACGAGCGCGCUUUCAACGAUCAUCUCGUCGCCGUUGCGGAGCGGUAUAUGGACGAGACGACGCUACCCGCAAUACGCGCGCGUAUGCGCGAUGAUCAUCGUAUUUGCUUCACCCACGGCGACCUUGCCCCUCGUAACAUCAUGGUUCAAGGGGACAAUGUCACCGCCAUCAUCGACUGGGAGGAGGCUGGGUGGUACCCGGAGCAUUGGGAGAUCGUGAAGGCGCUGUGGUGCACACUGAAAGAUCCCGAAUGGCUAAGUGCGGUGCGCCGUAUUGUGGGAGACGACUUGGAGAGGGACUGGAUGGUUGACCGAGAGCUGUCUGAUCAUAUGGUGGGCGCGUUCUGA